GAACUGGGUGCUGGUUGGUGCUGUGCACGAAGGAACCUGGAUUCCUCGCAGGAUUAACACCCAGUUAUGAGGACAAAGCGGAUCUGCAGGGAACACAGCCACCGCAACUGGGACAGCAGUACAAACAAGCAUUGAACUCCCAUAAAGGAAAUGAGGACGGAAUGUAGCUCUUUGGCUCCAUCUAGUGUCGAGCUGUGGAACAUGAAGCACGGUUUGUCAGAAGGUCAGUCUUGAAUGAAAGCAGAUCGUAAACAAUUUCAUUUUUAGGCAUAAACCAAAAACAAAAAUUGGUUCAAUAAUCACAUUUAAGCUCUAAGAUGCUUAAAGUAUUUGUUUGAUUCUUUUAUUGUUCUCUUAUAAGAACUAGUAAAUUAUUUCUAGUGUGAUUAAGAAAAUAAAUAAAAAGCCUUUUAUAAUUUCUUAAGGCUUUUUUGUGUCUAAAGUAUAAUUUUAAGAUUUCUGAUGAUAACAUGGUCAAAUAUUGGAUGCUGAUUAAACAGAACACACUGAACAGACAGAGCAGAGGCAACAAAUGAACUUAAUUAACCGCAAAUGGGUCACAUGACUACUUUAGAUUAAUAGAGUGGCUUUUUAGAUUGAGGACUUUUAUUUGUCAAGAAUUUCUAAAAAGGAGUAGAUACCAAAAAGAGUAAUGUCAAAGUUAGAGGGUUUUUUCUCAGCUUAAGUCAGAAAUUUAUGAAAAAAUAUAAAUCUUGAAAUUAAAGAGGGGAUACACCAAAUAAAUGAAAUUUGAGAAAAUUUAAGUUCUGUAAAUAUCCAAUUUGGACAAUAAAGUUUUUGUUCAACAGAGUAAAGUUUUAUAGUAAUAUAGAAAUGAGGCACCUUUGACCAAAGUUUAAUAAUGAGGUGUGCUGAGGAUUUUUUAUUUUUUAUUUUUUAUUAAAAAGAUAAGAAAAGAAAGGAAAUCCUCCUAACCAACAUACAAGAGUCUCGGUAAACACUGGCGGUCCUGCGGAUCUUUUACGCAUGAAUCAUUCAUCAUCUGAGGACCACAGCUUUGCCCACGGAGGACAAAAGACACAUUCCCGACACAUCCACGCCUCCACAUGCAAAGGUAACCCCCGGGUUCUACUGUGAGAAUCGGUUCGGGGUCUUUAAAGGACGUUUUUCCCGUCUCUGGAGGAGAAAUUACGCGCGCGUUUUCAACAGCGGGAGCUCUCCGUGGUUUUGAAUUGCGCCACGCAGGAGAAGUUUCUUCUUCGGUUCAUCUCGAGGAGAGAAAAAAAAAGACAUUUGAGGCUGUUUCCUUCUUGACUGCUGACGCCCCCCUCCACCACCAUGCUGCCCGCUCAGGAAGCAGCCAAGAUCUAUCACACCAACUACGUGCGCAACGCGCGAGCCGUGGGCGUCAUGUGGACGAUCCUCACCAUCACCUUUGCCGUGAUCACCGUGGUCGUGUUCAUCCAGCCUUACUGGAUCGGGGACAGCGUCCACACCCCGCAGGCCGGCUACUUCGGCCUCUUCCACUACUGCAUCGGGAACGCGCUCACCUCGGAGCUCACCUGCAAAGGGAGCGCGCUGGACUUCGGCUCCAUCCCGUCCGGAGCAUUUAAGACGGCCAUGUUCUUCGUGGGGAUCUCCAUGCUGCUGAUCGUGGGCAGCAUCGUCUGCUUCAGCCUCUUCUUCUUCUGCAACGCGGGAAGCGUCUAUAAGAUCUGCGCCUGGAUGCAGCUGGCCUCCUGUACCUGCAUGGUGAUUGGCUGCAUGAUCUAUCCUGAUGGUUGGGACUCAGAGGAGGUAAAGCGCAUGUGCGGUCAGCGGACUGACAAAUACACCCUGGGAAACUGCACGGUGCGCUGGGCGUACAUCCUGGCCAUCAUCAGCAUCAUGGACUCGCUCAUCCUCUCCUUUGUUGCCUUCAGCCUGGGCAACCGGCAGGACAAGCUGCUACCUGAAGACUUCCAGGUGGAGGAAAAAGAUAAUGCAUAACCCCUGAUGGACAGUGAGGACGUGGAUGAGAAACAAGCUUCAAAGGAGCUCCACCUGUCCAUCAUUCCCCUGCUGUCAGGGAUCAGUUCCCAGAGGCUGCAGAACCGGUUCAGCUCCUUCAAAUCAAAAUUUCCAAUUUUUUUUUUCUGACAUUCUUCAGAGCUUUUUUAUUCCUUGAUAUUUCUCUUUUAGUAAGUAUGCAAUAAAAAAUUCACUUCUAAAAACUUUAAACUGAAAGUUACAGAAUUUUAAUAAAGUUUUGCUCUGAUAUUAAAUCCAGCUUUGAUUGGUUUCUAUGGAGCACAGUCCUUUUGCUAAAACAUGAUAACCCGAGUAUUUAGACAUUUAAAUAAUAGUUCUUUUAUUCAGACAACAAAAGCAGCACAUGUACAAAUCUACCUUAAGCUGACAUUCAAUUCGGUCUCUAGAUCACUUGGUUGAAUCGCUUUGAGUCUUUGUUAUGGUUUGUUUUCGCUUGAACUAAAUCCAUAAAAUUUCACAAUAAAGUAAUAAUUACAUCUGAGAGUCUCAAACGCUGUUUGUGGUAUAAAUGAAGUAUUUCAAAGACAAUAAAAGCUCAAAAGACAAAAGUAAAGUUUGGAAAAAAAAAAAAGUUUAUUUUUUUUAUUAAUUACAGUCAGACAUACACCAGUAGAAAAGAAAAAAAAACAUGAGCUCCACGAUGGCAAAUUAUUGCAACGUAUGCAAACGUUUCCUCCAGUCGGCUUAAAGCAGCAGGUUUUCUGAAACAGAAGACUGAUCUGGAUUCAAACCUUUUCUGAGGAACAUGGAAGAACUGGUUUCUUAAGCCCUUUUGUUCUUCCUGUUCAGGGUUGUUGUUUUUCUGAAGUGGGUAAGGCCGACUCUUUGGUUCUUUGUUCUGUGCACUCAGUGGGGAAAUAAAAGCUGAAUAAUUCAAGUACAAACCGCCAGCACAGAGAGCGUCUUCCUGUUCACCGCCGUACUAAUAUCGCAUUUCCACAAAC